AUGCCGCCGGUUCUGGUGUACUCGACAUACAACCUGCUCAACUGGCGGCGCCUCGACCCCUCCGGCCCCAUCGCCCUGGGCAACAUCGUCUGCCUCAACAACUUCCUGGGCGGGGUGGACGAGGAGUGGUUCCGGCUGGUGCACGUCAGCAUAGAGGCCGCGGCCGGCCCCGCAAUGGCGCGGCUCGAGGCUCUGCAGGAGGCGGCGCGCAAGGAUGACGUGGAGGGCAUGGAGGCGCACCUGGGGGCCGUGCAGGGCGCGCUGGCGGAGAUGCAGCGGCUGCUGUCACGCAUGGGUGAGAAGUGUGACCCUGCGGUGUACUACGCCCGCGUCCGCCUGCCCAUGAGUGGCUGGCGCGGCAACCCGCGGCUGCCGGCCGGCCUGCUGUACGAGGGCGUGGCGCCAGAGCCGCUGCAGCUGUACGGGGAGACCGGCGCGCAGAGCAGCGUGGUGGCGGCGAUAGACGCGGCCCUGGGGGUUGAGCACGAGUGCGGCUGGGAGGCCUACAAUGGUGUCAUGGCAGAGCUGGAGGCGUUCCGCGCCCAGCACAGGGCGUUUGCUGCGGCGUACAUCGCAAGUUUUGCCAAGAAGGAGGCUGGCGGCGAGAAAGGCACCGGCGGCUCAGACUUCAUGCCGGCCCUGGCGGGCUUCCGCAACACCACAGCAGCCCACAGGCUCCUCUGA